AGAGAAACAUCAACCAUUGCGUGAGGCUCAAUUCCUUCAGGAGCCGAAGCUUGCUUGGACCGCCGCGUCUGGGUGGCGCAGGGAGCUUAUAGCCCUGCAGGUGAUUAGCGGCCACAUCGCCAAAGCUUCUCAUCACUGUAUCUAAUCCAGAAAAUCCCUAACAGCUAGUAAAUUCUACUGCAAAAGAGGCCGGAGAGGAAGAGGAUGGGUGGAGAGGAGACAAGGGGAGGAGAUGGGAAAGGUACAGGGCCCCAGAAUUCUACGGUUGCAUUUUGUACCCCACCUUUCGCUUGCUUCUAUCUCUCAUCGCACGCAUCAAAGGUGGCCCCAGCAGCUGGAAGAUCGAGAGAGGGAUAUACGCAUUAUUCCUCAUGGCUGGAUUUGGCUCGAAAUAGAAAUACACCAUUCAAUUACACCCGACGGGAGGGCUUUGAGCUAAGAGUGGAAGAUAUUUUGCUGCUCAUCAUAUCCUACUCCUCCCAUCAAUGGAAAGCGGGUAGGAAGAAAGAGGGUAUUCUUGUCAUAAGCUGCCUAGGCAUCGGGAUACCCGAGCCCCAAUCUUUUCCCGUCGUCAGGUAUGCCGUCACAUCAGUUCCUCUGUAUCACUGGCCAUCCCACAAAUAUCACCGGAACCUCACGAAGAGAUUUCGGGACUCAUCUCGCCAAUUCUCGGAUCGUAGAGACCAUCAAGCCGUGUCGUGUAUAAAAUGGGAAAUGCAUUCAUCUCCACGUCUUUCUCAUCAUAACCAGCACGUCAAACGCAUUCGGAGGUGUACGUUAAUUUCUCCCCACAACGCUAUCGAUGUUCCGCACCAGAGUCUCAGGAGAUCCUGCAGAUAUUCUUGACGAACAACGGGGUCCAUUUCAGCCGACUCAUCACGAUUGACAAUCAUGAACUUUGCUGAUGCUACAUGUGGACAUUGAGCCGCGCAUUUGUUUCACG